CUUUGGUGCAAAUAUUUAAAGCUCCAUCUCCAUGGGUUUGAGCAUUUCGAGGAUUUCUCCACUUGGGCCUAAAUCACUCUCUUUUCGCGCCUCUUCAAAUCUCCUCUCCCCUUCUUUCUCGUUGGAAUUUCAUAGAGGAACAGUGAAAGAGAGUUCUACCACUAUACUGUUUACGUUCCAUGGCGUUGCAAGCUACGAUUUCCAGGAAGGUUUUAAACCAGAAAAGCCUGAGAUGCUUCGGAAUCGGAGCUAGAUCCAUUUCGUCUUGGUGGAAGAGCGUAGAACCGGCUCCCAAAGACCCGAUUCUAGGCGUUACUGAAGCUUUCUUGGCCGAUCCGAGUCCUAACAAAGUCAAUGUUGGAGUAGGUGCAUAUCGAGAUGAUAACGGAAAGCCGGUGGUCCUCGAAUGUGUGAGGGAAGCUGAACGGAGGAUUGCAGGAAAUCUGAAUAUGGAGUAUCUUCCAAUGGGAGGGAGUAUUAAGAUGGUGGAAGAAACACUGAAGCUGGCUUAUGGAGAGAAUUCUGACUUGAUCAAAGAUAAGAGGAUAGCAGCUAUACAAUCUCUCUCUGGAACUGGAGCAUGUCGAAUUUUUGCUGACUUUCAAAAACGUUUCCUUCCCGAAUCCCAAAUUUAUAUACCUGUCCCGACAUGGGCCAACCACCAUAACAUCUGGAGAGAUGCACAAGUUCCUCAAAGGACAUAUCAUUAUUAUCAUCCAGAGUCUAAGGGAUUAGACUUUUCUGCACUCAUGGAUGACAUUAAGAAUGCUCCAAAUGGUUCAUUCUUUCUGCUUCACGCAUGUGCUCAUAAUCCUACUGGAGUGGAUCCCACGGAGGAACAAUGGAGAGAGAUAUCGUACCAGUUUAAGGUAAAAGGUCAUUUUGCCUUUUUUGACAUGGCAUACCAAGGUUUUGCUAGUGGUGAUCCCGAAAGAGAUGCAAAGUCCAUCAGGAUCUUUCUCGAGGAUGGCCAUCAUAUUGGAAUUGCUCAAUCAUAUGCUAAAAAUAUGGGACUCUAUGGCCAGAGAGUAGGAUGUCUUAGUGUGGUCUGCGAAGAUGAAAAUCAAGCAGUAGCUGUUAAAAGUCAGCUGCAGCAGCUUGCUCGACCGAUGUACAGUAAUCCACCUAUUCACGGUGCGUUGGUAGUUUCAAUCAUCCUUGGGGAUCCAGACUUGAAGAAGUUAUGGCUGAAGGAAGUUAAGGUCAUGGCAGAUCGAAUCAUUGGUAUGCGAACUGCUCUUCGAGAAAGCCUUGAAAAGUUGGGAUCACCACUGUCAUGGGAACAUAUAACCAAACAGAUUGGGAUGUUCUGUUACAGUGGAUUAACACCCGAACAGGUUGACCGUUUGACAAGUGAAUAUCACAUUUACAUGACUAGAAAUGGCCGCAUAAGCAUGGCAGGUGUGACAACCGGGAAUGUAUCAUAUCUGGCAAACGCCAUUCAUGAGGUUACAAAAUCUGUUUGAAUGAUGAUUACGGCUUAGAAAUUCCCUGUGCAAAAAAUGAUACACUACAGGGAGAGCCCCCUGGCGAAUAAAAAAAGGUACCUAUUACUACAACCAAUUUGAAGAGUUCCUUCCAUCUUCCCUUUUAGUUAAAAUAUAAAUAGGGAAGGGGUCUUACCUCACAGAUUAAACAUUUAUUUUUGUCCUCAUAAAUUAUGUUUCCUCCUUUAUAUUCUUUUUGUGGAUUUUCAAGAUGUAAAACUUGCAUGAGCGAGUCUUCGAGUAUGAUAAUGUCAGUGUGCAUUGUCAAAUUGAUCGGAUUAUACGUUCGUCUUCUAUUGCCAGCUAAAUAAUUAAUAAUUUUAUUCA